AUGAAUGUUGAAACUGGGGCCGUUUUGCAGCAACACAAGGUGGAAUCCUUCUUAUUUUUUUUGUAUCGAUUCUUUUUUUCUCCUCUUGUGAACGAAUCUCUUUUGUGGCGAUGUAAGGCAUCUUUUCGAUGCAUUCUUAUAGGACACUGUUUGCCCCUGUGUCGAGAACCGCCCCUCCCCCUCACUCCCAGCAAAUCGAUAUUAUCAUUGACUUUGAUUGAAGAACGCCGUUGCCUUUUCUAUUCGGUGCCGUCGGCGCUUCUCGACAGUGUUCCUUUCACUCGUUUCGCGUCUUUGUACUGCUUCUGCCUUAGCCACAAAUCAUAUCUAUCUUUCUGCCUAUCUAUGUAUCUCAUUUUGUUCAUUAUCUAUCUAUCUAUCUAUCUCAUUUUGUUCAUUAUCUAUCUAUCUAUCUAUCUAUCUAUCUAUCUAUCUUUUUUCUAUUCCUCACUCUCUUCAUAUCUAUCUUAUGUUAAAAAUCAGGAGACUUUCUCUCUCUCCCCUUCUCUCUCUCUCUCUCUCUCUCUUCUCUCUCUCUCUCUCUCUCUCUCUCUCUCUCAUAAUGAACUUAAAUGGCAAGGAAAAUUUGAAGUGGAACAAUUUGUAGCAACGCGAAAUAUCGUUUCGACCCACCUAACCUGUUUCAUAUUUUAUCUUUAG